AACCAUGGACAAGACGCCCCCUUCCGGCGAAUCCGUCAUCAGCAGCCUCCAAGAUCUCAGCUUCAAAAACAGCUUAAGCAUUAGCAUGUGUAGCAGCACCGUUUCUGGGUCCGAUAGCACCAAGGUCAGCAGCAAUGGAACUCCAGAAGUAUACAAGAACGCCGAGAAUGCUGACUGCGAAGACGAAAGUGACAAAAGCAGUUUAAGUCACUUGGGUAAUUCCAGCCUGUCCGAUCCGAACGAGGGCAACUGCCGGAGCUUCUGCCCGUCGAAGCCGCACAAAGGCAACGACGCGCGGUGGGACGCGAUACAAUCAGUGAAUUCCAAAGACGGAGACUUGGGUCUCGGCCAUUUCCGGCUACUGAAGAAGCUCGGCUGCGGCGACAUCGGAAGCGUUUACUUGGCGGAGCUGAGAGGCAUGGGUUGCUUUUUCGCCAUGAAAGUAAUGGACAGAGGAAUGUUGGCGGGGAGGAAGAAGCUGAUCAGAGCUCAGACGGAGAGGGACAUAUUGGGGUUGCUGGACCAUCCGUUUCUUCCGACCCUCUAUUCGAAUUUCGAGACCGAGAAGUUUUCUUGCUUGUUAAUGGAGUUCUGCUGCGGCGGCGAUCUCCAUACGUUGCGGCAGCGCCAGCCCCGGAAGCAUUUUACUGAACAAGCAGCGAGGUUUUACGCUUCAGAAGUGCUUCUUGCCCUAGAGUAUCUCCACAUGAUGGGAGUGGUGUACAGAGACUUAAAACCCGAAAAUGUGCUAGUGAGGGAGGACGGCCAUAUCAUGCUUUCCGAUUUCGAUUUAUCAUUGAGAUGUUAUGUGAGUCCUACUCUUAUUCAGUCCGGCGACGAUCCAUCUUGUAGAAUAUCUACUUACUGCAUUCAGCCUGCAUGCAUUGAUCCGUCGUGCAAAUUACCCGUUUGUGUUCAACCUGCUUGUUUGCAACCCUCUUGCUUUAAGCCUCGGUUUCUUAGAUCCAAAUCAACCAAGGAGAAAACCGAAAGAACAGGUUUUGGAAAUUCGGAUUCGUUGCCUGUACUUAUUGCUGAGCCAACGAGUGCGCGCUCUAUGUCAUUCGUCGGGACACAUGAGUAUUUAGCUCCCGAAAUAAUCAGAGGUGACGGUCAUGGUAGCGCAGUUGAUUGGUGGACUUUCGGUAUCUUCUUAUAUGAGUUGCUGCACGGAAGGACGCCAUUCAAAGGGAAUGGAAACCGGGAGACGUUGUUCAAUGUGGUCGGUCAGUCUCUUCAGUUUAAGGACGGAUACAACGUCAGUUUCGCUGCAAAGGAUUUGAUCCGGGGCUUACUGGUGAAGAACCCUCAAAAGAGACUGGGAUUUAAACGUGGUGCCACAGAAAUUAAACAGCACCCUUUCUUUGCAAGCGUAAAUUGGGCUCUCAUUCGCAGCACGCGCCCGCCGGAGAUUCCAAAAUCGUUUGAUCUUGCUACAUUCAAGUCUGCAGUGCCUCAGAACAAGAAGGGAGCUACCGAAUCAAAUCGAUCAUCAGGUCCAUACUUAGAUUUUGAAUUUUUCUGAUGAAUUUUGAUGGCGCGAGAGAAAGGAUUUUAGCAUUCUUGUGACAUUGUUCAUGUUCUCAAUGACAUAUUAUCUUCACAUAA